CGCUGAAUUACUAACACGGUUGUGAGGUUUUUCAUUAAUUUACAGUAUUUUUGCAAUAGACAUGUUUCAGGAUAGGCAAGAGGUGUAAAAUCGCACCGUAAUUAUUUGAAACGGGUGUUAUAACGAACGUAAGAACAGUUGAUCUCGGUGAGCCUUGAACUGCAUGUUGAAGGCAGGCCACAGGAAGCUGUGGAGGAGAUCUUACUGCAACAUUUUUUACUUUUGAAACGGUGUUAACACUGGACGAAGUUGUAGUUUUGAGGCUAACUCCAUUACCUUACUAAGGCAGUAUUUCCUUCCCGCGAAUCCUGUAACGCGUUGUAAAGCUCCAUAACAGUCAGGCAUGGCUGCCCAGUGUGUAACCAAGGUGGAGCUGACGGUGUCUUGUGAGAACCUCCUGGACAAAGACGUUGGCUCCAAGUCCGACCCUCUGUGUGUCCUGUUAAUGGAUAGCUCUAAGUCCCAGUGGUACGAGGUGGCACGCACAGAGAAGGUCCAGAAUUGCCUUAAUCCAAAGUUUGCCAAAAAGUUAGUUGUUGACUACUACUUUGAAAUAGUGCAGAAACUGAAGUUUGGGAUUUAUGACAUUGACAACAAGACUAUUGACCUGAGUGACGAUGAUUUCCUGGGGGAACUGGAGUGCACCUUGGGCCAGGUUGUGUCUAGUAGAAAACUGACCCGACCUCUUAUCUUGAAGAACAAAUCACCAGCUGGCAAAGGGACAAUCACAAUCACUGCAGAAGAAAUAAAAGAUAACCGGGUGGUGAAUUUUGAAGUGGAAGCAAGAAAACUAGAUAACAAGGAUUUGUUUGGAAAGUCUGACCCUUACCUGGAGUUCUACAGGCAGACAGAAACUGGAUGGCAGCUGGCUCACAGGACAGAGGUGGUGAAGAACAACUUGAAUCCAACAUGGAGACCCUUUAGAAUUUCCCUGCAGUCUCUCUGUGGAGGAGAAAUGGAGAAACCGAUAAAAGUUGAAUGCUACGACUAUGACAACGAUGGCUCCCAUGAUCUUAUUGGGAUCUUUGAGACCACAAUGACACGCCUCCAACAAGCAUCGAAGAGUUCCCCGGCAGAGUUUGAAUGCAUCAACAGUAAAAAGAAACAGAAGAAGAAAGGCUACAAGAACUCUGGUAUUGUGAGCGUGAAACUGUGCCAGGUUGUGAAGGAGUAUACGUUCCUGGAUUACAUCAUGGGAGGCUGCCAAAUUAGUUUCACUGUGGCUGUUGACUUCACAGGCUCCAAUGGGGAUCCACGGUCUCCUCAGUCUCUGCACUACAUAAGCCCUCAGGGUGUUAAUGAGUACCUGUCUGCUAUCUGGUCUGUGGGCAAUGUCAUCCAGGACUAUGAUAGUGACAAAAUGUUUCCUGCUUUUGGCUUUGGAGCCCAGAUCCCUCCCACAUGGCAGGUAUCUCACGAGUUUCCUCUCAAUUUCACCCCUGCAAAUCCAUUCUGUGCAGGUGUUGAAGGUGUGGUGCAGGCCUAUAGGACGUGCCUGCCCCAGGUCAAACUCUACGGUCCCACCAACUUCUCCCCGAUCAUCAACCACGUGGCCCGCUUCGCUAAGGAAGCCCUCCAGCAGACCACAGCAUCACAAUACUUUGUUCUGCUCAUCAUCACUGACGGAGUGAUCACAGACAUGGAUCAGACCCGCAACGCCAUCGUCAGCGCCUCUCGUCUGCCCAUGUCUAUCAUCAUAGUUGGGGUAGGGGGAGCGGACUUCACUGCCAUGGAGUUCCUGGAUGGCGACGAUGGACGACUGCGUUCUCUGACUGGCGAGGCAGCCAUGCGGGACAUUGUCCAAUUUGUCCCAUUCAGGCAGUUCCAAAAUGCCCCCCCAGAAGCUCUGGCUAAAAGUGUGUUGGCAGAAGUUCCAGGUCAACUGGUGGAGUUUUUCAAUGUCAUGAAGUUAAGUCCACCCAAACCUGCACCAAACCCUGCACCAAACCCUGCAGGGACCAUCUGAUACUCCCAGGAACAGACCAGACACAAACCUCAUCUCAUUACACAUGCACAUUAAAGACAUCACACAUGGGUCCUACAUACAGUGACCACAUUGACCAGUCUAAUUUUUUGUUGUCCAAAUUGUCAUAUGUUAACAUCCAUUUUAGCUGUUCCUCAGUGUUUCUGCAACUAAAACAAGUCAUUCCUUCAGUGUACAGUUAAAAUUGAUGGGCAAAGAAUUUGCUUUUUAAAUAGAUUAAAUAAUAAAAGUAACCAGCACAAGGAUUUAAGCUGGUUUCUGUAGUAAUUCCCCCCCCCCCACACCC